AUGGCAGGCGCAUAUCUCUCAGUUAGCUUCUCAUUCAUUCUCGUUUCCAAAUUAUUUCCCCCUCCACCUACCACCUUGCUCCAUUGCACCACCCCUCUCCUCUCGGCCAAUCAGCUGCAGACAGCUGGAUGGCUCAUGGCGGGGGCUGCCACGGCGGCAGUGGGCGUGCAGGUCACAGCACAUAUCAUCCAGGCCAUCGAGUCCGUCCCUCUGCUUGCCUCACUAGAGAUUCUCGUUGAGAUUCUCGUUGGUGCUGCUGUCACCACCAACGUCGCCACUACCAUCGCUGGAGGCGGGGAAGCGCGCGAGCGGCUGGAGCAGCAGUGGGACGAGUUCGUGAAGCGGAUCAGUGGCACGUACGGGCUGUCGGACCCGGUGUUUGACGAGAUGGAGAGUGGCAAGGACCUCGAGCGGCACGUAUGGGACCACAGCAUGUCCGGCCCGGAGCUUGAUGAGAUGGAAGGGGGCAAGGACCUCGAGGCCCAGAUUCAGGACCUUUUGUCACAGUGCAGUGCGAUUAUAGCCGAUGCAGCAGCGCAGCACAGCGAGCGGCGGCCCUCAGGAGAAACCCAGCAGCAGAGGGAGACGCGGGCAGCGGAGGGAUUGCGGAGGGCCGCAGAGAGACUUGACCCGAAGCCUGCAAACAGCACAGGAAAGGGGACAGAGGGGGAGGAGCUGAAGGAGGGGAAAGGGAAGGAGGGUGGGGAAGCUACUUCUGAGGUGUCUCAGAGAAAGGCUGAGGUGGAGGUGGGGGAGGAAGCAGUGGUGGCGGUGAGAAAGGCGGAGCUGGUGCGGGUGUUAUCUGAGUUCGUGGAGAGGAGGGAGGGCAGGGCGAGGCGGGUGAACCGCAUGCUGCAGCAGGAGGUGCAGGCGGGAAGAGGGUUGGAGGGGCGGCUAGGGGACCUGACUAAGCAGGAGGUGCAGGCGGGCCGGCGGCUGGAGGGGCGACGGGGGGACCUCACUAAGGCUCUGGAAGUGCGCACUUUAGCGUCCGUGGCAGCAGCACAGAACGUGGCCCGUCUGCAGGCACUCAACGACUCGCUGCAGGCGGAGCGCAACAGUGUGACAAGUCAGCUGUCCGCGUUGACCAAUCAGAUCACAGGGCUGUCCACGUCACUGGACGUGCUGACGAGGCAGCAGGACUCUGUGUCCCAGUCCAACACGGUGUCCAACACGGUGGUGAGUGGUGAUGUGCGGUGUGUGUGGGUGGGUGUGUGUGAAAGGGGGGCUAAUGUGUGGUGUGUCUGGAGUCCAACACGGUG